UUCUGACUGUUGUUCCAGCUUGUCAGGAUCCUCCUGAAUCUUGAUUCUGCCUUCUAAGGUUUUGUGGCAGUGCUGAUAUUCUUUCAAAACUAUAGAAAGAAAUGGAUCGACAUAUUCCUGUGUAUCCUUUACCAGAAGAAAUAAGAAAGAUGUCCCGAGAUGAGACAGUGUGUAAAUAUUGUGGAGUCAGUUAUUUGAUCCUUCAUGAAUUUAAGCUACUGGAAGAGAAAGUAAAAGCAAUGGAAAAGAAGAUGAAGUUUUAUGAGGGCAGUGUGGAACGGGAGAAAAUACUGCAAGAAAAGCUACAGUGCCUAAGUCAAGAUUUUGAACAAUGUACAGCAGCUAGUGAAUCAAAAGCAGAAAGAAUAAAAGAAUUAGUUACAGAGCUUGAAAAUAAGGGAACUGCAGUAGAGAAUCUAAACAAACAGUUGAGAAGCUUCCACAAAGACAAGGAAGUUAUAUGGAGACAGUCACAAUUGUUCCGGAAAACAUUGGAACAACAUAAAUUUAUCCUAAAGAAAGCCUUUAAUCUUCUUCCCUAUAUCAGGGGAUUGCUGAACAAUUUUAAAGAAGAAAUAUUUGGUUUUCUCAAAGAAUGGAUUUCACUAAAAGGAGAUAUAUUUUUACAACUAAAAACCAUUAAUAUAAUAGGACCGGCAGAAGUAUCCAGCUUGAACCAAAGUUUAGGUGAAUGUCAGAGGGAAAAUCUUACCCUUUGGGAAGAGGUGCAGCACCUAAGACUGAAGUCUGAUGCAGCUGCACUGGAAGCUAAGCAACUUCAGGCUUCUCUUUUACGGGAGAAUGAAUUACAAAAUAGAUGUAAUGAAUUACAGAAGGAAACACAAGAUUUAACAGAUCAAAUACAGACAACUGAACUCAAGUUCCAGAAAGCCGCUGCUGAAAUUAUACAUUUUAAAGAAUUAGUCAUAAAGAAAUCAAAAGAAUGUGAAGAUCAUCAAAGGGAAUUUCAAAAGUUGUCAUCUGAAAUUGGAAUAGCUAAAUCUCGGUUUACUCAUACAAUGACAGAAAAAGAACAAUCUUUACUUGCCUGCCAACAAAUGUGUCAGCAUUUACAGGAAGAAACAGUUGAGAAAGAAAAGAAAGAAGAUAACCUUAAAAAACGAACCAAGAUUUUGGAAAGUGAACUGGAAACAAUUAACAAUCUUCUGAAGCAGCGAGAGGAAGAAGUAGCCAUGUUUAAGCAAGAAAGGGAGUCAGUCCUGGUUUCCCAUCAGAAGAUAACAGAGCAGCUGCAGGAAACAUUAAGGCAGAAAGUGCUGAAUGAAAAGAACUGGCAAGAAAAGGUUGAAACUGAUAGAGUGAAAGAGCACAUCAGUCACAAAGAAGAGAUUCUUAGACUCAAAGAAGAAGCCAGAAUAGAACUAGAUAUUGAGAAAGAAAAGCAUCAGGAAUUAAUUGCAAAAUAUCAAAAAGAUCAGGAUGAGCUGCUACAUACAAAGAUACCUCAACUGAUACGUAAUGCUACUAAUAAACUGAAGGUUGAAAUGGACACACUUGAAAAGAAGCUCUCUGAAGCUGAGAGUAAGCUUAAUGAGAAUAACCGAGAAAGGGAAAACGAAUGGCAGAGCCUCAAAAAACAAAUGACUGAGCUUGAGUUCCAGCUGAAGGAAGAACAGAGCAUUCAUAAUUCAGUGACAGAAGACAUGAGAGAAGAAAUAAAAAAGAAGACCUAUGAAUUGGCAAAACUAACUGAGGAACAAAAACAAUUGAUUCAGAAAAUGAAUCAAGUUCAAGAGGAGAAUGCUCUUCUCCAGGACACAGUGCGCAGGGAGUGUGAGGAACGCUAUGAGCUUACCGAAGCUUUGGCUCAAGCUAAAGAACAAGUCAUGGAACUAAAGAAUCUUGGUGGAAAGUUCCCCUUGUCACAGUGUUCCCUCAGUCAGGGUAGUCCAACUUCCUCCUCCACUUUGAUCAGCAAGCAAAGGUGCCCAAAUGCCGCAAAAGCAUUAUCUGAGAUUUCAAGGACCACUAAAACAGUAGUCAGUGGUAGGAACAAAAACAGCUUCGAUGUUAGCUUGCCUGCUCUACCUACAUUGCAGUCACCUCGAAGGAGAACGUCUUCUCUAGAUGAAUCCAGGAGAAGGAUCACAGCAGUUAUAAAAAGACAAAUGAGUCAGCUAUGAUGAGAAAAGAAUUGCCAUCCAGGAUCAAGAGCUUUGGCAUAUUAUCUAAGUUUCUUAAAGUGAGUCUUUGGAAGCUAAUGUUGCAAGAGAAUACUUUUCUGGAAUAAGCGGGCUUUUAGGAAUGAAUAUUUGUAUACCAAUAGCAUGCUAUUACACUAUAAGGCCAUGCUUUGCUUACCAAAAAGUUUGUGUUUUAUCAUACAAUCAUGAUUCCUCAUUUCAAUCAGUAAAAGGUGGUGACUUCAGUUUAGUGGCUUCUAGCUUACCACUCCAGGCUGCAAGAUCAGGCUCACAUGUCUUCCUUCUUAUAAGACAUUCACUAAAUGCAGCAAAAUAAAUGUCAUAGAGAAACAUCCUAGCCUUUGUAAUAUGUCAUUUAAAAAUAGGAUGCCAUCAAGACUAGGCUAGGUAUUUUCUUGUGAUUAUGAUUAUGUGAGCUUCUACCUGUAAUGGGAACUGGUACUAUUCAGGCACAGACCCACCUCUAUGGAAACUAAGCCUUAUAUGCAUCAUGUGUAUAUGGAGUACAACAAAUUAAGUGAUUUCCUUCCUUCCUUUUCCCACCCCAUGGACACAGACCCACCUCAAUGGACACAUUGGACACUUGGACACAGACCCACCUCAACAUGCACACAUUCCAUUUUGCCACAGUGUUUUAAUUCAUUUGUCGCUAUUGUUAACAUGUUAAUAAAAAGCUUGCUGACUUGUUU